GGUGCUCUGCCCACUGGAAGCGGAACCAGCUGAUCUGUUGCGGCCAGACAGCAAGAUCAACAUCCACGUUUGUGUAAUGGCAGGACAGUUAAGUGACUUUCUGAAGAAACACUGGCUAUUCUGUGCCACCAUGUUGUCGUUGCCUGUGGGCAUUGGACUUGGUGUGCUGAUGCGUGGGUAUACUUCCCUGUCCACACUGGAUCAGCUGUACUUUAGCUUUCCUGGGGAGGUUCUGACAUGCCUUCUGAAGAUGAUCACCCUGCCUCUAAUCGUCUGCAAUAUGAUCACAGGUGUCGCAGCAAUGGACGUGCAGACCUCUGGAAGGAUUGGGCUGGGGACUGUCAUCUACACCCUCACCACUAGCACCACAGCCACCAUACUGGGAGUGGUUCUGGUGCUGGCCAUCAAGCCUGGAAUGUCCCCACAAUCCACAGAGGUCCAGUGGGCAAGAACAGCAGAUGCACUGACAACAGUGGACACCAUGCUGGAUCUGAUCAGAAAUUUGUUUCCAGAAAACCUGGUACAGGCUUGCUUUCAGCAUUACAAAUCCAUACGUGUACCAAUCAGACCAUCAGCCACGAAUGCCUCCCAGAGCGAGUAUAAGUUGGUGGGCUCAUACACAAACGGGAUCAACAUUCUGGGCGUCAUCGUGUUCUGCAUUCUCCUCGGUCUGGCGGUGGGCCGCAUGGGCAAACGAGGCCGGCGUUUUGUGGAAUUCUUCAACGCUUUAAACAAAGCUGUGAUGAAGAUAGUGCAGAUUAUGCUGUGUUACAUGCCUGUCGGAAUUGUAUUUCUGAUAGCUACUAAAAUCCUUGCUAUGGAAAACUGGAGCGUCUUCAGGACGCUAGGCUGGUACAUAGUAACGGUGAUUACUGGUUUGCUUAUCCACUCCACUUUGGUGCUGCCAUUGCUGUACGUGGUGCUGGUCCAGAGAAACCCAUACACGUUCAUGUGGGGAAUGGCUCAUGCCCUGCUAACGGCCUUCACAGUCUCGUCCAGUUCUGCAACACUCCCGCUGACGCUGCAGUGUGCCGAGCAGAACAACGGCAUCGAUCGGCGCGUCACUCGCUUCAUCCUGCCUAUCGGAGCCACCGUCAACAAGAACGGAUCGGCUUUCUUCAAUACCGUGGCAGCCAUCUUUAUUGCCCAGAUGAACAACUAUCCACUGGACGCUGGCCAGAUCACCAUUAUAGGGAUCAUGGCAAUAGCGACCAGUAUAGCCGGCGCGGCGUUACCCAGUGCUGCAAUGGUUACCACUAUCAUUACACUGACUGCUGUGGGACUUCCUAUCAAUGACAUCCCUCUUCUCAUCAUUGUGGAAUGGCUGUUAGAUCGGUGCAGAACGGUGGUCAAUGUUAUGGGCGACGCUUUCGGAGCUGGUAUCUUGGAGAAGUGCUCCCAGAAAGAACUCCAGAUGCGAUAAGGAAUAAACACCACGUUAUCUCUGUGUUCAAAAGCAGAGUAAAAUGGAAAAGAUGCUAAGGGCCAGUAAUUGUAGUAAUUGCAGUAAUCAAAUACAAACAUACAAGUAAUCGUUUUAGUGUGUAGACAAUAAGACACGUCUUGCUCUAUUCACAUUUUUGUCCUGUCUGAGGGUCUCUGUGAAUAUGGACUUUUGGGUUUCCAUAAGAAAUGCAGGUUCUGCCUCUCUCUCUGUUUGAAUCCUUGAUGUUAUUACAAAUCCAGCUAUAAAUAUCCAAUUCUUAUUUCCUAAUUCCGUUUUCCACAUUCAUUACGUUCCAUCGCCACAAAG